AACUCGGAGAGCACAGGGGAUAUUAUAAUUUUGUAGAGUAAAGAUUUUAUGAUAAAUGAUCAUAAAUCACAAAAUUUAACAAAUCUGGAUUUCUGCAGUAUUUAAUUUAUGAUCGGAAGUUCGGAACCCCUAUUUGUGUUGUAUCAUCUUACGAUUAGAUUAGCUCGUUAUUCGUUACUCGUUAGUUCUGUAUUUUUGGAGUAGUUUAGCUUUAGCAAUAAUAUAGCACGUGAAUUUGAAGUGGAUUUGUUUGGGGUAUUGCUUAGCUGUCAGUUCCAUGAGUCUUGCCAAGGCGUUUUGGUUUAUUGGUGUAUUCAUACUGUUCUCUUCUGUUUGUGCCGUCAGUAAAGACCCGUAUCAGGUGCUCGGAGUUUCUCGUAAUGCUGACGCGGAAGAUAUCAAGCGUUCGUAUAAGACCCUAGCGAAAAAGUGGCAUCCAGACAGGAAUAAGGAUGAACAAGCACAAUCCCGUUUCGUAGAGGUCUCGGAGGCUUACGAGAUCUUGUCCGAUCCCGAAAAACGGCAGAACUAUGACACAUACGGCACCGCGGAGCCGCGCAAUCAGGGAUUCUCCGGUUUCCACGGUGGUCAGCAUCCCCAUAUGCGGUCAUCCUUCCGCGCUUUCCGCACACCGGACGGACGGAUGUUUAUCUUUCCCGAUGAUGCGGAUUUCGAUGAGUUUUUUCCUUUUGGCCAGCGGCGGCAGUAUCAGAAUAAGGAGCCACUGAGCAGUCGUAUCUGGAAGAAGCUGUUGACGCUGCCGGGUGGGUUGAUGAGGUUGCUGGGACGUGAUGAGGCCAUCCCCUUCGCUAGCAUCGUGUUGGCCCUGCUGGCCAUGGUGGGUGUUCCGUUAUGGCUGAAAUGGCUGGAUACCGAUCGGAGUAAAGAGGCCCGCGAGGAGGAGGAACGACGGCGGGCUGCGUUACCGGUAGAUCGUUUUGUGAUGGAAUUGAAAGCGCAGACAUAUCAUGGUUUAUUGCGGCAUACGAAACCGGGAUGCCGGACCAUUGUGGUGUUGGUCGAUGAUGAAUCGAGAAAGGAAUUGGUGGACAGCUUUGCGGAAAUCAUGAAACCUUUUCAGUUCCAAGCCCGCCUGAGAUUUGGCUAUCUGAAUUUGGACAAAUAUAAACACUGGUACGAAUCUCUUCUGUCGGAGACGACUGCAUGCGAUGGUCGCCCGCUGAACAUUUCGGUGAAGAACGCCCGUGGGACGGUUUUGGUGUUGAACGGCUUCAAACGCAGCUACUGUGUAUUCCAUGCACAAAUUUCUCAGCCAAGCCGCUAUGAGGGAGCGGAAUUUCUUGGGUUUUCGAGCUCCGACGAAUCAGAUGUUGAGACCGGAAUACGCAGGAGGAAGAAAAAAGAUACACGAUCGAAGCUUUCCUCUGAUACAGAACAGAAACCGACUCUAGACGGAUUACGAACAUGGUUUGAUAGACUGUUGGAUGGGGACAUUACCAAAUACGAAGUGUCCAAAUGGCCGGAAAUGAAACCGCUAUCUUCGCCAUGGUAGGGUAUAUUCCAUUACUCAGGACACAUUGAAGGAGUAAGGACACGACGUGAAGCGACAGCUGCUGUAUGUGUAGUCAGGUUUUUACUCUGGUCGACUUGUACCUCUUAAAUUAUUAAGGUUGGUCUUUCUGUGUCAAAAAAGCGAAUCGGUCACUUUCGGGGAUGUGAGUGCCAAAGAAAAUUUGUUGAUAUCUUAUUGUUUUAUUGUCAUUUAUCAGUCAUUUUUGUUGUUAAAGAUGAAGGCAACACUAA